GCCCGGUACAUCCAGCAUAAGCUUACCUACUUUCGAGAAGUAAACAAGCAACCCACAACCCAAUCAACAUGUUCAAGUUGGCUGUUCUCGCCGCCGUCCUGGCUGUCGCUACCGCCGCCCCUGGUGGUCUCACUGGCAUCAUCGCUGAACACGCAACCGGCCCAAUUACGGCUCCCUUGGUCGUCUCGCACGCUGCUCUGGCACCAGCUGCCCACGUGAUCGCCCAGCCUGUUGCCCCCAUCGUCCGCACCGCUCCCAUCGUUACCAAGUCCGUGCUGACCGCCGCACCCCUGCCCCUCCUUUCUGCGCACGGCUUGCAUUAGAUGACAACUGAUUCUAUCUUACUACCACCAAGUCACGACGAGACAGCCCCCCUAGAAAACACAUACACACACAUACACACACCUUUCUAAUCCCUCGUAAAUCGUCCCCACCUCCAAACCAGGCAAAAAAAAAAACGAAGCAGCGAAAUUGAAGGAAAAAAGCACGAAGGGAAAGAUAGAUCAUAGCUCGAGGAUGGAGCGAGAAGAACAGCCACAAUCGGGAAAACUAGUAAAUCAAUUGUUUCAUUCCUGGUCAUCUCCUGAUCAUCGAGACGAUGUCCAGCUUUUUUCGGGACACGAUCGGUAACACGAUCCGCGACGCGAUCCAAAGAUCAAGAAUCGCGUCAGAAUCGGCUGGUCUCUUUCCUUUCGGCGACCAUUUGCCGCCCUGAGAUCAUCAACGCAAUUCGGACAUUCGCAUCUCUAUCAUUGCACCAUCAUCCAGGACCCUUUCCCUUUGGUCAUAUGGAAUUUUAAUAAAAUUUUAUUUAAAAAAACAAACAA